GGGCGAGUGACUAGCGCGGCCCGCGCGCGGCGCGGCGCAGAGGAAGGCGGCUACCCUGGACAGCGCAUCGCGGCCGCGCGGCCAUGGAGCACCUGAAGGCACUUGAUGAUGAAGUCAAUGCUUUCUUGGACAACAUGUUUGGACCACGAGAUUCUCGAGUUCGAGGGUGGUUCCUGUUGGACUCUUACCUCCCGACCUUCCUUCUUACCAUCGUGUAUCUGCUGUCGAUAUGGCUGGGUAACAAAUACAUGAAGAACAGGCCUGCUCUCUCGCUCAGGGGAAUCCUCACCUUGUAUAACCUCGGCAUCACGCUGCUCUCUGCAUACAUGCUGGUGGAGCUCAUCCUCUCCAGCUGGGAAGGAGGCUACAACUUGCAGUGUCAGAAUCUCGACAGUGCCGGGGAAGGUGAUAUCCGGGUAGCCAAGGUCUUAUGGUGGUACUACUUCUCCAAACUAGUGGAGUUCCUGGACACGAUCUUCUUUGUCCUUCGAAAGAAGACGAGCCAGAUCACCUUCCUUCACGUCUAUCACCACGCCUCCAUGUUUAACAUCUGGUGGUGUGUUUUGAACUGGAUACCUUGUGGGCAAAGCUUCUUUGGACCAACCCUGAACAGCUUUAUCCACAUUCUCAUGUACUCCUACUACGGGCUCUCUGUGUUCCCGUCCAUGCACAAGUACCUCUGGUGGAAGAAGUACCUCACACAGGCUCAGCUGGUGCAGUUCGUGCUCACCAUCACGCACACGCUGAGUGCCGUAGUGAAGCCCUGCGGCUUCCCCUUUGGCUGUCUCAUCUUCCAGUCUUCCUAUAUGAUGACCCUGGUCAUCCUGUUCUUAAACUUCUACAUUCAGACAUACCGAAAAAAGCCAGUGAAGAGAGAGAUACGAGAGCAACCCGCAGGGAAAGAAGUGAAGAAUGGUUUCCCCAAAGCCCACUUUAUUGCGGCUAAUGGCGUGACGAACAAGAAGGCGCAGUAAAAUGAAGUGACGGGGAAACCGCGUAAACACUGCGGCAGCCUAACAGAUGAGCUUGUUUUAAAGCAAAGACUGAAUUGAAAGUUGUAUGUUUUAGCAUAAACUAAUUCCAUUUGAGUUUGUAAAUCAUUUGUACCCAGAAUGUAUUAUAAUAUAUUGCUAUUAGGUCACUCUGCUAACUGAAGCAAUGCCGACCUCCACAAACCUCAGAACAGGUGCACCCGCCCCUCUCUCCUGAGCUCUUCGUAAUGCCUUAUUCACGCAGAAAACCAGGAGACAAGGGCUUUGUUUUUCCUGGCAGGUCUUCAGAGUUAAUUUUCUUUAGAUUAAAUGUGUAAAAAUGUUAAUUAUAUUGUGAAUGUCAGGGUCUGUUCUAGUCUAUGUCAAGCAAUAACUGUCAGUGCAGAAGUUGCUCAGCCCACUGUUCCUUAAGGUGUCAGCCCCAGGAAGCACUUAAAUGGGAUCCUUAACCAGACAGAAUCUAGCAGAACCCUCCCUCGCUCGUCGGCUACAUUUUUUAACCACCUCUGAUACUUAAG